AUGGAUACGCCGCGGUCACCUCACACAAAAGUAUUUGUCCAGAGAGAUUUUUCUGAUGGAAUAUCAGUGAAAUUUCAAACACGAUACCCACCAGAACUAGAAGGAAGAAUUGACAGAACUAUUUACGAGACAACAAUCAACAAAAUCAAUGAAAUGUUUGCUGAAGCCGAGAGCCUUGGAUCCCGGACCUGCUGUGAGAGCUGUUUUGCAUGUUUAACAGCUUACAUUUCCUUGAUGUGCAUGGAUACUCUUUAUGAAAAAACUCUCAAAAAUGUGCGGCGUUACAUUGAGGAACAAAAUCAGAACAUAUAUAUGUCACGAGGAGUCAUGCUGAUAGACCCUGCAGAGCGUGGACUACGAAUUCUUGAAAUUAACAUCUCUAGUAUAUAG